AACGAACGACGCGAGAAGUAUCACAGAUCGAGAAAAGAACGGAUUCCGGGAAGAAAUAUAUACGUGAUGGAAGCACUAAUACCCGUUAUAAAUAGACUUCAAGAUGUUUUUAAUACUGUUGGAACGGAUGUGAUCCAGUUACCCCAGAUUGUAGUCGUCGGAAAUCAGAGCAGUGGCAAGAGUUCUGUUCUAGAGGGUCUCGUAGGAAAGGAUUUCUUGCCAAGGGGAAAUGGGAUAGUGACUCGACGGCCUCUGGUCCUGCAGAUGGUCCAUGUUGAUCCUGAGGAUAAGCGAGGAGCAAGCGGAGAAGGCGAAGUGACAGGAAGAGCUAAUGAGGAAGAGAUCACAGCCGAUGAAUGGGGAAAGUUUCUGCACACCAAGAACAAGGUCUACACUGACUUUGAGGAGAUUCGAGAAGAAAUUCAAAAUGAGACUGAUAGAAUGGCAGGGACCAACAAGGGAAUUGUCCAUGAUGCAAUUCACCUUAGAAUCUACUCACCCAAGGUUCUUAACUUGACUUUGGUUGAUCUGCCAGGACUAACAAAGGUUCCUGUUGGUGACCAACCGGAAGACAUUGAAAGUCAGAUCAGAGAGAUGCUCGUCAAGUACAUCGGCAAUCCCAAUUCCAUCAUCCUAGCCGUCACGUCUGCCAAUACAGACAUGGCUACCUCAGAAUCUCUCAAGUUAGCCAAGGAGAUAGACCCCGACGGCAGGAGGACCUUGGCGGUCAUCACCAAGCUUGAUCUCAUGGAUGCUGGCACCGAUGCCGUGGAUGUACUGUGUGGUAGAGUAAUUCCAGUCAAACUCGGAAUCAUUGGAGUAGUCAAUAGGAGUCAAAUGGACAUCAAUAACAAAAAGGUCAUUGAUGAUGCUGUGAAGGAUGAAUCAGCUUUUCUACAGCGGAAGUAUCCAGCUCUUGCCAGCAGAAAUGGUACUGCUUACCUAGCCAGAACACUCAACAGGCUACUGAUGCACCAUAUCAGAGACUGUCUACCAGAGUUGAAGACCAGGGUCAACGUGAUGACCUCACAGUUUCAGCAGCUCAUGGCUUCGUUUGGUGAACCAGUGGAAGACAAGAGCCAGACCCUGCUACAGAUCAUCACCAAGUUUGCUUCGGAAUACUGCGCAACCAUUGAAGGAACCUCAAGGAACAUAGAGACAUCGGAACUAUGCGGAGGAGCAAGAAUCUGCUACAUUUUCCACGAGACAUUUGGAAGGACGUUAGACAGUAUAGAUCCACUCGGAGGACUUAGAACGAUAGACAUCUUAACUGCCAUUCGCAAUGCUACGGGUCCUAGACCAGCUCUAUUUGUUCCUGAAGUAUCUUUUGAGCUGCUGUCGAAGAGGCAGAUCAGACGACUAGAGGAACCCAGCAUGCGUUGCAUCGAGCUGGUACAUGAAGAGAUGCAGCGUAUCAUAGCACACUGUGGAACGCAAGAUCUCUUACGAUUCCCAAGGCUCCAUGAUCGCAUUGUAGAAGUUGUAACCACACUGCUCAGGAAGAGACUACCAGCCACAAAUGCCAUGGUUGAAAACAUUGUUGGCAUAGAGCUGGCGUACAUCAACACCAAGCAUCCUGACUUUGCUGAUGCUAGUCUGGUCAAUGUACUUGUAGAGCAGAACGAUAGAGAGAACAGCAGGAAAUCUACAAGACUUGCAGAAUCGGUACCUGAGAAUAGAGAGAAGAACGACAAGCAGCCAAAGUUACAGACACCUCAAACCACACCACUCGACGGGGCUCCUCCUAGGUUGGAUGGUAAGGAGAGUUCAUGGGUUCCUUCAUGGGUGAGAGGAAGUGCACCUAACUUGAAGUCUGCCAGCUCAGAUAACCUGUCUGCUACCAGUACCCCACCACAGAUGAGCAGUCCUAAAGUGGAACGGAAGAGACCAGGCAUCAACCUGCUACCUGAUGUUCCUGAUGUACCAGUUUCUAGGAAACUUUCUUCAAGGGAACAGAGGGAUGUGGAUGUUAUAAAGCGACUGAUCCAGAGUUACUUCCUGAUCGUGCGUAAAAACAUCCAGGACAGCGUCCCCAAGUCCAUCAUGCAUUUCUUGGUGAACCACGUACAAGAUAACCUUCAGAGUGAGCUGGUUGGACAGCUGUACCGCCAGAAAGAGAUUGAUACAUUGCUCAAUGAAUCAGAACAUAUGGCACAGCGAAGGAAAGAUGCUCAAGAAAUGUUACAAGCUCUUCAGAAGGCAGGUCAAAUCAUCAGUGAGAUCAGAGAAACACACCUGUGGUAGUAGACCUCACCCACAAAGACAACGCAACCACUCAUGUAGCCCUAUCAAUACAAAUUAUGUAGAAACUGAGAAAUGAUUAUUCAACAAAUAUGUGAGUUUUCAAAUAUUCUACUAUUAUUUAUGUUUUCACCGACCUUGAUCUCAUGCUAACUAUAUAUUCAUACCGAGUCAGUACAAAGUAUUUCACAAACUUCUGUUACUUCAGAGUGUUUGUUUUUGACAUGUCAAUCUCAAGUGUGUUAUAUACAUAUACUAUAGUGAAGAUUUUGUCAGGAAAGGUUGAUCCUUUGUAAAUUUUCAUGAGAUAAAGGCAGUAGGGUAUUAAGAAUAACAGUUGGUGUAUAGUUCUAUCUACUUUAUACUAGUUCGGGAACUCAUUUAUGGUUGCUCUGUCGGUAUAUUUGAUACGUCUGAGCAUGUAUCACUAAUGAUAUUGGCCAUGAGAUUUAUUAUUUGUGAGUGUUGUUAAAUGCAGGACACGUGAAAUACACUUGGUAAUGGCACUUCCCAAGCUUACUCUUCCAUGAUGCAGAACAACGCUCACACCCCUGUCCCCUGAAAGUGGCGAUAUGUUUAAACUUAAAACCUCAUAUCGUUCGGUUUGGGCUGAUAUGUGAUAUUAUGACAACAGAAACUAAUUAUUUUGGUCCCAUUUUGGGCAUUUUGCUAACAUUUGAGAAAAUUGGGUUUCAGUCACAGUGCAUGAGUAAUCGCUCUAUCUUUAGACAUGCAAAAAUGAAAUGUACAAUCUGUUGUAAGACUGUUAUUUUGCUAAAUUUAGGCAAUAUGGUGUAGUUGAGUCAACUUAGGGUCAUUUAUUGGAAACGGGUUGCCACAGUAUGAAAGUCAUCUUCUAAAGUCAUCCAAAUAAGUCACUUUAUUGUCCCAAACAACAAUUUUGAAGAUAAUUCAAAUAGACAUUAACCUGCACGGUUGGUAUUUCAAAACAUUGUUUUUAUGUAACUUGAAUCUGAAAGUCAUGCCAGUGAAUCAUAGCAGCAUUUUGUUGACUACAAAUGAAUUUCUCCAAUGUGGACUACAAAGUUUUAUAUAAUAUUUAUUUUAUACUUCAGAAAUGCAUAUGUGGUCAAGUAGAGACUGCAGUAAUGCAGUUGCUUGCCAUGCCCUGUUAGUGUAUAUGGUUUGGCUAUAUUAAAAAAGGUUUUUCUUUAUCCUUAUCAUUUUGUGAUAUUUUUUGCAGUUUCAAAUGAUGAAAGAAGAUUAUCUAUAUCAUAUAAUUCUUUUCCAUCAUACAACUACACUCUCAUAGUGAAUAUCCUGUUGCUCUCUAUAAACUCCCGUUGUAUUUCUUAUACAUUUAUUUUAAUUGUAAUUGUUGAAAUACUAAGUACUUCAUAUGAUAGUACUGCUGUGUAAUAAUCCAAUUAACAGAAAUAUAUAUUAUUUUAUAUGUCCAUGUGUUUAUGCAUGGUGUAAUGGUUCUUUACCUAUUUGUUUUUGUUUUUCCUUAUUCCAAAUUUUGCUAUGCAAUUCCCUUUAGUUCAAUUCUAAAUCGUAUAACUAAUGUUUGAUUCUCUUAUUUAUUUGUUAGCGGUCCCUUCUGUAUACUUCUUGUGUUAUAUGAUCUAAGAAGUAUUGGAAAUGAGUACCUUAGAUAGAUGCAUGACUACUAGAUAUGUAGUGCCCAGUCAUGUACCCCGUUAACCCACUAAGGCAAGCAGACAUAUACAACAAACAUUUGCUGUGCAUAUCAAAUGGCAUAUAACAUUAUCUAACUUAAUAUUUUCUAUAACUCACCUUUUGCAAAUACAUGUAUACAUUCAAGAGUUUAUUUUGUAUUUUUGUUGCAAGUAUUUCAUUCAUUACACAAAGUAAAUUGAAUGCCGCAUUAGAGAUUGAUACUACAUUAUGACAUCUCUAUUUGAUUGCCAGUAAAAUUAAUAAUGUAAACGAUAACUCUGUAAUUGUGGGAUGAUCUAAUUUUUAAGUUAAUUUAUUAAUCUGAUAUUUGUGCAUUGUGCUUGUAUGCUAUAUUGUAUCAUGCACUCAAGUGCAAUGGUAGUGAUAAUGUUAAAGUUGGGUAUAGAUUUUGAAGGUGUAUAAUAGUGAUAUAUAUUACAACGAUGUGUAUGUUACUUGAAGGGGCCAUGAUGGUGUAAAUAUGAGAAUUGAAAUAUUCAUUCAUAAUAUGAUACUUUGACUAGGUAAACACAUUUUUGUUUCAUAUAGAGCAUGUAUAAUAUCAUAGGUAUAAAUACAUGUACCGGUAGAUGCAAAGUGCUUAACUGGAUUUUUUUUGUUAUUGUCUCUUCUUUUUCUUUCUUUUUUGUUGUCAAAUAUGUAAAGUUUUGAAUGUUUAUUUUGUGUUUUGUUUUUCAUUAUCGACUGUUGCCAAUUAGCAUUGAUAAUUAAAUGUUUCAUUUCAGAGGACAUUUAAGUACAUGCCCCCCCCCCCCCCCACAGAAAAAAAAAUGAUGUCAAAAUGCUCUUUCAUGAGCUUUAGUUGUUUUGUGCAAUUACUUUAUGGGGAAUACAAAAAAGGUUGUCUCUUUGGGAGGGGGGGGGGUGUAAUGGAUUUUUUUUUUGUAGAUUGUGUCUUUCAGUGGCUUGCAGGAUUUUAUUUUAGAAUUUGUUCAUCAAAUAAAUAUUAAACCUUAUUUGAUGUGUAAGCAUGAAAUUAGUAGAGUGUUGAAUGAAUUAUUCUUUUCAGAUAACAGUGGUAAAUUAAAAAAAAAAGUGUCUGUCAAAAUAACAAGCCGUCAUAUAAAGUGGCAGGCACACAUUCGGUCUUAACCUCGAAUACGAAGGCAAUUAAGGGACUGAGAAAACUAUAUUGACAGGUGCAAUAUAUAUUUUUAAAUUGUUACCUGUAGUUUUAUCAUUCUCUGUAAUGAAUAAAAGUUACAUUAAUUUUUCUUCUUCAAAGCUCUGCAUUUCUUGAAGUUUCUAAAUUAACCUUCCCAUUUUAAUAGUUUUCCUCACCGAUACAUUAUUAAAUAAAGUCAAAACCUGUCCAGGUGCUCUUUUUUAUAUACCAAUUGUAAAUAAAAGACUGAAAUUGCCCACUGUAUGUGUGCUGGGGAAAAUAUCAAUUGCCCCCCUCACUAAUUUUUAUUUUGAGGGAUCUAGAUGUAUUGCACCUUCUCUUCAGCAAGAAUUAUCCUCAUUCUCUAUGGCACUUACUAUUUACAAUUUACCUUUAGUUUUCAAAUUUUUGAGGAGCAGUAGAUGAUCCAUCCCUCUCAAUUUUAGGAUAAAUCUAUUGACAUUUCAAUCUGAUGAGUAGAAUACAUUUCAAGUAUCUGUAACUACUGUUGCAACGGAUAUGUGGGUUUUGUUUUAUAUUUCCGUGGCUAUGCCAUGAUUGCUUGUAAUGCUGAGUAAUCUUUCAAUUAUUGGUUAGGGUUAAUUUAAUUGUUAUUAUUUUUUUAAUUAUACAUGUAUGUUUGUGAUGGUAACCUAUGUAAAAGGCUGCAUUGUCACAGAUGCUUCCAUUAAAUGUUAAUAUGGGUUUUUUCUGGGACAGUGGCACUGGCUCAUGCAGAUGAUAUAUGAAUAUGUAGUGAAAACAAAAUAAUUGCAGUAUUUUAAUAACAUGACUGAAGACAUUUAUUGUAAAAAUGUAUGAGCAUUACUGCAAACACAAGCUGUUUUGAAAUGUGGACGUGAAAAAAAAUGAUAUAUUCGAAAUAUAUGAAACUUGACUUGCAACCAUA